AUGUUCCUAGGCGUGCCUUUUACGCUGCUGCUCUACAUAGGACUUCUCCCCUCUGUUAUUGCAGAUACCACUUGCAGCGCAACAGUACCAUGUGCUAUCGGUUGCUGUGGUGAAUAUGGAGUCUGUGGUAUGGGGCCCGAUUACUGUGGUGCCGAUGUGUGUAUCAACAACUGUGACGCCAAAGCCGAGUGCAACCCAGGAGGCUGGGCCUCAGAAUAUGUGAAUGCAACUACUUGUCCCCUCGAUGUCUGCUGUAGCCAGUAUGGUUUCUGUGGCACGACUGAGGAAUUCUGUGGAAAUAAAACUGUCACAGCCCCUUCGUGUGACAUUAGUACCCAAUCAAUCACCCGGGUGAUUGGGUACUAUAAUUCAGCCGCUGCAACUCGGAGCUGCGAUGGCAUGGCACCAUACUCUGUUCCCCAGGGAGUCUACUCCCAUAUCUACUUUGCUUUCGGAAGUAUCGAUCCAGAUACCUUUGAUGUUAUCCCUGCUGAAAGUAGCGAUGAGGAACUCUAUGCAGGGCUAGCAGCUCUCCAGUUACGUGAUCCGGAUCAAGAACUAUGGUUGUCAAUCGGUGGCUGGGACUUCUCAGACAGCGACCAGCCGACAGCUACUACCUUCUCUGAUCUUGCUGCUGCGGAUACCAGUACACAAACUGCCUUUUUCAAGUCUUUGAUCAACUUCAUGAGCACCUAUGGUUUCACAGGAGUGGAUAUUGACUGGGAGUAUCCCGUUGCCAGUGACCGUAACGGUCGCGCGGAAGACUUUGAGAACUAUCCUAACUUCCUGGCUAGCUUGAAGAAGGCGUUAUCUGAUUAUAAAUACGGUCUAUCCAUCACAUUGCCAACCAGCUACUGGUAUUUGCAGAACUUUGAUCUCACUGCUAUUGAGCCUUCGGUGGAUUGGUUUAACGUUAUGAGCUAUGACCUACAUGGUACAUGGGAUAUGACUGACGUAUGGACCGGACCCUAUUUGGACGCUCACACAAACUUGACCGAUAUUAAAUCGGCCCUUGAUCUGCUAUGGGGAGUCAACAUCACAUCGUCCAAGGUGACUCUUGGCAUGGCCUUCUACGGCCGCAGUUACACCCUUCAAAGCUCCUCAUGCUCAGAGCCAGGCUGUCAAUAUCUUUCCGCCGGUACCAUGGGCAACUGUAGCCAAUCUGCAGGAAUCCUGUUUAACAGUGAGAUUGAGGCUUUGAUCAGCGACCAGAACCUCACUCCUACUCUAUACAAAGAUGCUGCGGUGAAGACGAUUACCUGGGAUGGCGAUCAGUGGGUCUCUUACGACGAUGAAGAGACUUGGAAGCUGAAGGCUGAUUAUGCUAAAUCCGUGUGCAUUGGGGGUGUAAUGGUAUGGUCAAUCGAUGAGGAUGACGAUAUGCAUAGCUACUCCAAUGGACUUGCCGCUGCGCUUGGGAACACGGUCAAUCUCAAUAGCUCUGAUACGGCGUCUACGGGUCCGGUCGUUGACACAGUCAAAACGACCACCGAAUACAGGCAAGACAAUUACUGUCGAUUCAUUAAUUGUGGCGAAACCUGCCCGAGUGGUUUCUCGGAGAUAACCCGUGAAGAUAACAAGAAGCAGCUCAUGCUGGACUCAACCGAGUGUAUGACAGGAAGCAAACAGACGCAGACGCUGUGCUGUCCGACUUCGAGUACACUGCCUACCUGCCAAUGGCGUGGCUUCAAUGGUGGAAAGUGUAAGGGAGGUUGUGACAGUGGUGAGGCUGAAGUCGGCACGAUCACUGCCGGCUGUCGUUCGGGGUAUCAGUCGGCAUGUUGCACUAUCGUCGAUUCUACAGAGCCUUGGUCGGAGUGUGCGUGGACCUCCGAUUGUGAGUCUGAUGAUACAUGUCCUUCUGGCUACGAUAAAUUUGUCGUUGGUUCACGCCAAGGCUGGGGUGGACGGAAGAAGUGCAGCGGUUCUAAGAACUACAACUAUUGCUGCAAAACCUCGAUCCCUGAUGCCUUCACCAACUGUGCCUGGACUGGUCAUGAAUUGCAAGGUACCAGCUCUAUUUAUUGCAGCGACGCUUGUCCAUCCGGCGCCAUUCGCAUCGCGGAGGAAGCUUUCUCGAUCUCAACCACUUCUGUGCCCCUUACGAACCCGGAUGCGAAGACGGCUGGCUGUGUGUAUGGCAAUGAGGCUUAUUGUUGCAACGGUACGGCCAAAGUCGUGGAAACCGUGGAAACACAAAGUUCAAGCGAUGAGCUUACUGGAAUCGCAUAUGAGUUUGACUUUUAUUUGAAGAAAUGGCUUGCAAAUCCCACCUGUUCAGCCUCAGAUGAUGAAUACGUCGCCACGUUUGGCAGGCGAGAUCUGUACGAGCGAGCAUCAUCGUCUAUCUCAAAGACUACUAAUGACCAAUAUUUGCUAUUUACUAUGCUCGUGGGAUAUGUCGUUACUUGGGUUACCUCCUCGUCUCCGGAUGCAGAAUUGACAAAGAUCUGGACCGAUGACAUGUCUGCUGCUGGUUAUGCAGCUGAGGCGGCCAAUCUCACGAAUAUGAGAGACUUAACGUACGGAUACGGAGACCCCUGGACUGGUACACCGGUCUUUCCAGCCAAUACGAUGGUUUCACAGAUGCUAUGCGAUAUUGCUGAGUCUUAA